CACGACGUCUUAAGUCGCAAUCCAGCGUUGCAAUCCACGCCUCCAAGAGCACACAGAGAGACUUCAACACGAUAUUCUGUUUGCCAGAACUACUCCGUAGCAUAUUUCAGAAACAUGGCGCUCGCACCGAAGUUCUAUGGGCAGCUUUUCUCCUCGCUUUCACAUGCACCGAAGCACACGUUGGAAGUUUACUUGGACUAUGUCUGUCCGUUUUCCAAGAAGCAAUUUGAGACCAUCUAUGAGAAGGUCUUCCCCAUCAUAAAGACGAAGUACAAAGGCAGGAUCAACGUCGUCUUCCGCCAGCAAGUCCAGCCAUGGCAUCCCUCGUCAACCCUCGUCCAUGAAGCAGGCGUUGCAGCACUGCGCCUGGACCCCACGACAUUCUGGGCCUACUCAGCGGUGCUGUUCAAGCAUCAGACCGAGUUCUUCGAUGUCAACGUCGUAAACGAAACGCGCAACCAGACAUACAGACGUCUUGCUAAACUCUACGGUGCCUUGGGGGCUUCUGGACCCGGGACUCACCAAGCUGAUGAGGAGAAACUCUAUGAGCUGUUGGUUGUGGGGGAGAAAGCUGGCGAGGGAGGUGCGUUAAAUAUUGGGAAUAAGGUCACGGAUGAUUUGAAGUUGCUCAUCAAGUUGGGACGGCAGACAGGGAUCCAUGUGUCUCCUACUGUGCUGUGGGAUGGUCUUGUGGACAACAGCAUUAGUAGCUCAUGGACGGUGGGGCAGUGGGAUAAGUAUUUUGAGGAAAAGCUGCACAAAUGAUUGGCGGGACCGCUGUAAGAGGGUAGCUUUGUGACAGCAAGACCAAAGGUCUGAACUGGAGCUGUACAUAAUGACAGAAAUCACAGCAACUAUAAUAUAGUAAAGGCGUGUAAUCACUCAGAGCGACAAUUAGUAAGCAAGAUACUGGUAAAUAGAAGUGAAGAGAU